ACCGAACGUUUGUGAAUUGUGUUGCGGUCGAAUCGAAUACUUAACGUAUUAAUACGGAUUAUUAAACUAUGGACAACAUGGGCAUUUCCACGGAGCCCAGUUUUCUUGAAGUCGAGCUCCCACAAACACUCUUGGAAUCGCCAUCAACAUCAACAUUUCUACCAGAUGAAGAAGCUUCCAUUUGUCCGCUGCUAUCCAAUAGCAGUAUUUUAGGACCAGCUUCCUUAUCGCAUCCACUAAAUCCGAAUCAUAAUGGAAGUGACAUUACAUCGUGUAACAUUAGCAAUACUGACUGCAAGGCGGAGACAAGCUCAUCGGACAGUAGCACUGGCAUUGCAAUGGAUGCCUUGGACAGUACAUCAACGAAUCUCUUUAAUAAGGUGAACUAUCAUCAUUUGCAAAACAAUAAUCUUACAGCCAAUCAGGACUCCAGCAGCUGCUUAAAGGGAAACAGAAAUCAAUCGAAAGAAGCUCCUUUAUUUGUAUCUUGGAAUUGGCCACUUAUAAGGAAAUGUACCUUUUUCGUUUUUAUAUCUGGCAUUCUGGGAAUGUGCUCUAUAAUUGUUGCUCAAAUAGCCACUAUGCCAAAGCAUUGUAAUCCUAAAUCUGCUUGGUAUCGUGGAAGAGUGUUCUAUGAGAUAAAUCCAGUCUACUAUCAAGAUUCAAAUAAUGAUGGGAAGGGCGAUAUUGUUGGCAUUAUAAACAGCGUUCAACAUUUAUCCGAGUUGGGCAUAUCAGCAGUACGACUCAAUUCCAUAUUUGUUGGACAUGAUCAUAGCACCGACCUUAAUGCGUCAUUUAUAGAUGCUAUUAGACCAGAGCUCGGAGACUUUGAAGACGUUCAAAAGCUAACCCAACUUUUGCAUUCGCACAAUAUGACUUUGCUAUUAGAUUUGCCAUUGCAACGUUUGAUUUCUGGUAAGCCUAUGGAUGAGGUUUUUGAACAAGUCACAAAGGGCUUACUCUACUGGAGUGGUCAUGGCGUGGAUGGCUUUUAUCUAAAGGGCCUGGAAUCUUUAGCGCAUAACCCGGCACUGCCAAAAUAUUUUGCAACUUGGAAAAAUAUUGUAGGCAAGGAUAAGGUGCUGAUUGUUGAUCAAUCUGUGCUUAAGCAUAAGACGAGCUCAGAGCGCACACAUCUGUUUUCGAAUAUUGAUUUAAUAAAUAUGGAUUUGAGCAUUGAAAAUGGCACUCAGAGAUUAAAGGAGCACAUAAAGCAUGCAUUAACAGAAAUGCCACUCAGCGAAGAUAGUGCUUGGGUACACUGGUCCAUUAAAGCUCCGACCCCCAAUGUGGGCAGCAUGGAUAUAUAUAAUACGAAACAAAUACUCGCCACAACGCUUAUGCAAUUGUUUUUACCCGGUACACCGAAUAUUUUGUAUGCCAAUGAAGUGGAAAUUGCCCAAAAGAAAGAAUUUAAUCACGAGACUCAUCUUAAGCAUCAGAAAUGGUUGCAUGAAUCACACAAUUAUACAAAUGCUCACUCUACAGAAUCUCGCAAUCUACAGGUGAUUGAACAAAUGAUAGCCCUGCGUCAGCUGUCACCUUCGUUAUACAAGAACUAUGUUUGCAAGGCAAAUGAUAAAAGGCCAAAUACUCAAGUACUACCUCAUAGCAACGCCGAUAUUUUGAUUAUAACACGCAAUUACCCGCGGAGAAACUCAUUUGUCUCAAUUACAAAUUUCGGCGGCCAGCAAUUGGCUUUAGAUUUAAAUUCACAUUUUUACAGUGGAGAUCGUAUGCUGCUUCCCGAGGGUCAGACUCGGAAAAUAUAUUUUAAACAAUUUGUAAUUAAUGCGUUCGAAACAAUUAUUGUUAAAUUGGACAAGUAGACACAGUUGCUCAAUACAAUUUCAGUUUUGUUGAAAUAGCUUCCAAGGAGACAAAAACUAUUUGUUAAUACAUUUGUAUAAAAUGUAUAAAAAUAAGCAAUAAAUAAAA